ACACCAACUGCCUGAGCCAUUUCCCUUCAUUUCCUAAUGGGUUCCCGAGGAGGCAUGUUCUCCAGGAUCCUCAGUCUCUUUCGGAGGGACAAUCAUAUCCAUGCAGAGACCAGACCAAGGCAGAGGGAGGCGAGCCUUCUAUCACGUUGGAGAACAAGACGAAUGGAAAGGUCCUUGAGGAGGUCAAGUGAGUACUGGGCAGUGAAAGGGGAGCUUCCUGGAGGAGGUUGGCUUGAGCUGGUCCUUCCAGGAUUAGGACGUAUGAUUUAGAGCCUCAGUCUUCCUAAAUGGCUGACCCAGACACAACAAUUUCUGAUCAUUAGUUUGACAGAGAACCAAGACCUGUUAUAUGUCAAGGGGCUUUCCUUGGAUCUCUUUAAUGUCAUGGGCAGUGUCAAAGAAUACCAGGAUGUGCCUGUGUAAGAAUAACAAAGUGUCUCUCUCAGGAUAGGCUGUGGAAGCACUUCCUCUCAGCAGUGUCCUGUAGACUACGUGGGUAAUUGAUGCCAAGAGGGAUACUCUCCUGGUCAUAUCAUGGUCUCAGUUACUUUGUACUUGAACACACGUGACUAGGGAUUCAAGAUGUUAAACAGUUUGGACUCAAGGACUUACCUGCCUCACAUCAUACAUUAGCUGAGAAGGUCCUCCAAUUCUUCUUGUUUAGGCCAGCUUUAGAAUUUCAGUGCAGAAGAAUGGCUAUAGGAGGUGUGGUCUAUAUCUAUGAUGGCAUAUGUCACCAUAUGUCUAUGAUGGUGGGGAACAGGGACUGAGCUGAGUUCAGCUUAAAGAUAGCUUUCUUGCUCUGUCAGGGAGUCACUGUAUCUGUAGACUGUUCAUCCUCAGACUUCUGUUUUAGAGUAAGCAUAGUUUUUCUUGACACUAUGUCCACACAUAUGCCUGUUCACUGGUGUUUAUCUACCUACAGAGUCUGAUCAGAAGGCAUCAUCCCAACCCUCCACGACACCUGUUGAGGAGGAGAGAAUGAAGCGUUUGGAGAACCUCAAAAUUGCCCUCCACAAGAUGCAAAAGGAGAGAGAUGAACUCAGGAGAAUCCUGGCGAAUUACCCAGGAAAGAAUUUAAAUGACAGGAACAAGUUUGAGUCUGAGAUGCUCAUGAUGCACCACGAGGAAGUGAUGACCGACAUGAAGAAAAUGAGCGAGCAGAUCAAUACCGCUUUGGUCAAAUGUAAAAACCUUACACUGGAAAAUGACUGGUACUGCCGCAGCUUCUGCCCCCUCCUAACUGAGUGUUUUGAGCUGAAGAACAAUGCCCAGAGAGCAUGGAAUGAGUACAAGAGGCUUCUAAGGGAUCAGAUUGCACUGGAAGAAUCCAUUAAGGAAACAACAAGGUUCUGUGGGGAAGCCAGUAUGAAAAUCUGAGUAACAAGCAGCCUCAGGUCUGAACACUCCAGCAGACGCUUGCCCAUGGCCCAGACCAGGACUACAGCUCUCAGAGACAGACCUGUCCAGCAGGAGCACUGAGGGUGCAAAGAUUGACAAUACCUCCCGCAUCUCAGUCCUUGUAACCUUUCCAAUCUUGGGCUGAAUUUGAAAGACCUUGAGAUGUGGCAUGGAACACGCCUCACGUUUAACCCUUUGACGACUUGUCCAUCAACAACCAACCACCCUGUAUGAGGCAGGUCUACAUUCCUCUUGAAGAGAUUUUACCAUCUUACCUGCCGUUCUGCUGUGUUUGCAAGGCCAGCAACAGGCUGGAGUUACAUGUUGAAAAAUCAGCAUGAAUUGAAUGCUGACUAAUUUACUUGUUAUAUUUGGUUUUUAGUUUGAAGUUUGGUUCUUUUAUGCAUUUGUUUUUAUUUGUUUAAGUUUGAAGUUUUUUAUUCAUUUGUUAACUUUAGUGUAUGUAAUUAAUAUUAAUUAAUUAAUAUUCCUAAGGCUAUAUACAUUGAACUCAUUGACUCCCCAAUUUAAAAUGUUCUUGAAUAAAUUAAUGUUUGUCUAUAAAUAAAAAUGUGACCUUUAACCCUUCA